AUGCCAGAAAGGCGGAAGAAAACAAGAAGACUAAUGCGAGAGUCUUCCGUAUGGAUGCAAGGGAGGCAGUGCAGGACGACAAUGUUAUCACAGUUGCUACAUCGUGAGAAACUCUAUGCCAAAUUCUCUAAAUGCGAAUUCUGGCUACGAGAAGUCCAAUUCUUAGGACACGUUGUAAGCGAGCGUGGUAUCCAGGUGGAUCCCGCUAAGGUAGAGGCGGUCAUGAAUUGGCAAGAGCCAAAGACGCCUACCGAAAUUCGUAGUUUCCUGGGGUUAGCAGGAUACUACAGGAGAUUUAUUGAAAAUUUUUCAAGGAUUGCUGCGCCCUUAACUUCCCUAACCAAGAAGAAAGAAAAGUUCAUUUGGGGCCCGAAGCAGCAAGAAUCUUUCGAAAUCCUGAAACAAAAGCUAAGCAACGCUCCUGUGUUGACACUACCGGAAGGUACAGAUGAAUUCGUAGUUUACUGCGAUGCGUCGCACACAGGCAUGGGAUGUGUGCUUAUGCAGAAAGGCAAGGUUAUUGCCUAUGCUUCGAGACAAUUAAAGGUGCACGAAAAGAAUUACACCACCCAUGACUUGGAGUUGGGUGUCGUUGUAUUUGCACUGAAAUUGUGGAGGCAUUACCUAUAUGGUAUCAAGUUCGUGAUCUAUUCUGAUCACAAAAGCCUUCAACAUCUAUUUAAUCAGAAGGAGUUGAACAUGAGGCAACGCCGUUGGAUGGAAACCUUGAAUGAUUAUGAUUGUGAAAUCAGGUACCAUCCCGGCAAAGCGAAUGUGGUCGCUGAUGCCCUGAGCCAGGAGGCCCACAGCUCCAAAUAUUCUGUCCAUCCUGGAGCUGAUAAAAUGUAUCAGGACUUAGGAAAUAAUUUCUGGUGGAUAGGAAUGAAAAAGGACAUAGCUGAAUAUGUAGCCAAGUGUCUUACUUGUUCACAAGUUAAGGCAGAACACCAGAAACCUUCAGGACUACUACAACAGUUAGAAAUGCCUGUAUGGAAAUGGGAACUCAUAACAAUGGAUUUUGUUACUAAGUUACCCAAAACCAGAAAAGGUAAUGAUGCUAUUUGGGUAAUUGUGGAUCGAUUAACCAAAUCAGCUCAUUUUCUACCAAUAAAGGAAACCUUUAGCAUGGAAAGGUUAGCCAAGUUGUAUGUAGAUGAAGUAGUAUCCUUACAUGGAGUCCCACUCUCCAUUGUAUCGGAUAGAGAUAGUCGUUUCACUUCCCGUUUCUGGACAAGUUUCCAGGAGGCAAUGGGAACUCGACUCAAUUUAAGUACCGCAUAUCAUCCUCAAACGGACGGACAAAGUGAAAGGACGAUACAAACAAUGGAAGAUAUGCUCCGAGCAUGUGUAAUUGAUUUCGGUGGUAAUUGGGAUAGCCAUUUGCCAUUAAUUGAAUUCUCCUAUAACAAUAGUUAUCAUUCGAGCAUCGAAGCUGCUCCAUUCGAAGCACUGUAUGGACGCAAGUGCAGAACUCCCGUAUGUUGGGCAGAAAUAGGAGAAAGUCAAUUAUCAGGUCUAGAGAUUGUGCAAGAAACCACUGACAAAAUAACACAAAUCAAGGAAAGACUGAAAGCUGCUAGAGAUCGUCAGAAGAGCUAUGCUGACAAUCGUCGCAAACCACUAGAAUUUCAAGUAGGAGACAAAAUACUUUUAAACGUUUCUCCUUGGAAAGGAGUAGUACGAUUCGGUAAGAAAGGUAAACUAAGUCCAAGAUAUGUUGGACCAUUCUCAGUGAUCCAACGAAUAGGACCAGUAGUGAUAUACUGUCAAAAUGCCACCAAGAUUUCUUCGCGGACGAGGAAAGGCCCAGUCACGGGUCACGACCAUGAAGCUGGACCUUCGCACAUGCGUACCCCGUCCAUCACCAUGAGCACUAGCCCACAAGAACCAUGGCGGAUGUAUGUUGAACCAGGGAGGCGCUCCGUCUCCGUAAGCUCUUCGCUGUCUUAUCUGCACUCCUUCGGGCCGCAAUCUGAGAACGAGCCCGACAAUCAACCGCCAGCUUUCAUACCACUGCAGAGAUCGAACUCGCACCAUGCGUAUGGCGACCCCACUCCAAUCUUCCAGAGCCGAUUCAACCCGGCUAAUAUCUUCCCUGAACUCGUGGGUCAUAACCCACUUGGACCUGAGGAUCAUUUCCCAGGUGACCCCGCUGAUGACAUGGACGAAGACACGGAUCCAGUGGAGCCCGCGUCCGGAACACCCAACCACCCGAUUGAGAUCUCCGACGGGUCAUCGUUUCACGGAUCACCUUAUCGUGGUCCCGACAGCUAUCAAGAGAGAUUCAAACAGUGGGAUUGGUAUUUUACCCCGUCCGAGCACUCGUCUCCCCAUCAGCAGCAGCAGCAACAACAGCAGCAGGAUCCUUCCCAGGAUUCUCGAUUCAGGGCAGUCACGCCGCCGCCACCACCGCCAGUCAAAAUGCCACCAAGAUUUCUUCGCGGACGAGGCAAAGGCCCAGUCACGGGUCACGACCAUGAAGCUGGACCUUCGCACAGGCGUACCCCGUCCAUCACCAUGAGCACUAGCCCACAAGAACCAUGGCGGGUGUAUGUUGAACCAGGGAGGCGCUCCGUCUCCUUAAGCUCUUCGCCGUCUUAUCUGCACUCCUUCGGGCCGCAAUCUGAGAACGAGCCCGACAAUCAACCGCCAGCUUUCAUACCACUGCAGAGAUCGAACUCGCACCAUGCGUAUGGCGACCCCACUCCGAUCUUCCAGAGCCGAUUCAACCCAACUAAUAUCUUCCCUGAACUCGUGGGUCAUAACCCACUUGGACCUGAGGAUCAUUUCCCAGGUGACCCCCGCUGA